AUGCCUAUUGUUAUAAAAGCUGAGUCGGACACAGAAGUUAUUAUAACAAAGCAUGGUAAAGGAAAGGCAAUUAUUGGUUAUCUAGCAGAACUUACACCUUCAACUCCGGCAAAUACAUGUAAAAACGUCAAUCAAUCAAUUAUCGACGAAAAAGGUCACCCAGAUUCCGAAUUAAGAAGGACUGUCGAUAGACCACUUAACGGGCCAAAACUUGAUAUUCUUUGUACUGGUGAUGGUAAAAAAUUGACUGUAUGUUUAUUGAGAAGUUUCAAGUAA